AUGAUAGUACGGACAUACGAAAAAUUGCUAGUUUUUGAAUGUACGUAUGAUAACAAAUCACGUAAAGUUUGUAUAUCUCUUCUUAAUGGUAUAAUAUGUGAAAGCUUAGAAAGAAACGAAUUUUCUUGCGAGUCUAGUAGUCAAACAAUAAGUGAAAGUCAGAACGGAUAUGAAUUUCUUGAUGUUGUUAGCAGUUUGGAAUUAGAAGUUAAGACAGAUUCUGAGUCAAUUAUUACUUGCGAAUAUGUAACUACAUCUUUGUGUUCGGGAAAGAGAUUUUCUAUGUGGGAAGCAUGUGAAAAGUUUCUUAAUGAAUGGGCCAAAGAACAAGGGUUUCGUAUUGUAAAAGACCGAAUUCAACGUGAAGAGGAUACUAAUACAAAAAAGACCCAAUGUCCUUUUUUGGUUAAUACUUCCUGUCCAAAAGUUAAUAAUCCUGAAGGUACUAUAGUCGUCAACAAGAUAGUAUAUGAACAUAAUCAUCCAUUAAAUCGUGAGUUAAUUGUGUUUGAAGAUGCCAAGAAAUUUACCGAUUCAAUGCUGGAAGAUGUGAAGUUCAUGACUAUGUACUGUAAAUUUAGAGCAACAGUGCAAAGGAAAUUUCUUGAAGGAAAGUAUCCAACCUAUCCGAUUCACUCGAAAGAUCUAUACCGUAUAAUCCAAAGAUUUCGGCCUACUGCUAAGUCCUUGUCAAAUGACACUGCACAGAUUUCAAAUUGGUUAGACCAACAAAAGGAAAAGAAUUCACGUUGGGUCAUUGCCCGAGGCUGA